UAAAGGUAGAUUAAUUACAACUAAGUAAAUUAAUGACGAACUCUUCUAGUGAUUGGUCGUCGUCCAUGGCCACGGGCGGGAAGCCAGUAUAUCUUGGUAACUCGACGUUGUCAUCGUCGAUUUUUUCUGGUGACGGAAGGUUCAAUAUUGUUGUAUUAACUCAUCAAAUAAGAGUAUACUUUAUAUCCACUCGUCAAUGUAUAAGGACUAUUGAUAUUGAACUUGGUGAUGUGGUAGAUUUAAGGUUAGAUAGUUCUAAUCCUAGUCAUGUUCUUUUAUUUAAGAGUAAUGGAGAAAUUUUAACUGUUAACUGGAAGGAUAAGAAUUCUCAACCCAUUGUAUCAACUAUCCAAUUGGAUUUAGCAUUUUCUUUAUUAUCAGUAGUUUCUAUAAGAGAAGAUUCCUACUAUAUAAUAACAGGUAAAAAGGAUAAGAAGAUCACAGGUUCUCCACAUACUAGAUACAUUCAAGUAGUAAAUCGUCAUGAUCCAUCUCAGAUCACUACCUUGACUGAAUUCAAUAAUAUCAUUAAGUAUACUACAUCACUUGACUAUACCAAAAUCGUGUUUAUAACUAACAGUCAUGAUGUGAUAUUAGUUAACUUGACAGAUGUAUAUAAAAAAUCCAAACAGGCUGAAUUUGAAGAGGAUUUGACUCAAUUUGUCUCAGUAGAGAAUAUCGCAUUCCCAUUUAAAUCACCUAUAACAUCAUUAGCAGUAUCUAAUGAUUCUACUAUUGCAUUGGGUACCUCAUCAGGUGCUAUACAAAUUAUAUAUGGAGGGUUGGCUACUGAAAAGCCUCAACGUUUACUUAAAUGGCAUAUUGAUCAAGUCAAAGCUCUACAAUUCACUCCUGACAAUUCAUACUUAUUAUCAGGAGGUUUAGAGAAAGUAUUGGUAUUCUGGCAAUUAGAAACUGACAAUACUCAAUUCUUACCUCGAUUAAAUGGAACCGUCGAGAAGAUUUCUCUUGAACAAAAUAAGAGUGAAUACUAUUCCUUAUUGCUCAAUGUAUCUUCGACUAAGCUUAAUGAUGAAAACUCCAAUGAAGAAGAUAACUAUGAGGUAUUAGUACUUUCAUCAGUUGAUUUAGUAUCAAGAUUAUCUGUCAAUACUAUCAGACCAAAGUUUGCUAAUAAUGUUAAGACUACUUUAGCCAAAUCGAAGAAGAAAUAUUCCAAAUCUCCCUUUGAUAAGACCAAGUUAAGACACGAUUAUUCUACUGUAUUUGAAGUACAUCCUAAGACUAAGAACCUCUAUUUUCCUAAUGAGGCUGUUAUCCAAGCCUAUGAUAUUGUGAAGAAUGAACAAGCUUUUGUUCAGAAUGCUGCACCUGUUUUAACUACAGGUAAAGUUAGAUCAGAAGUCAAAUUGUUAGACCCUAAUGUAUCAUUAAUUUCUUUCACUCAAGAUGGUGAAUGGAUGUGUACUUUUGAUAGUGUUUCUAAUUCAGAAGUGGACAAUUUAUUAUCGAAAAAUGAUAAACAAUAUGCUCUUAAGUUCUGGAAAUUUAUAGAAUCUGGUACUAAGAAUGAACCUAAUGCAACUACAAGUAAGUCAGGAUAUUGGGAAUUAUCCACCAAGAUCAUUGAUCCUCAUGGGAAUUCCAAUGCAAUCUUAUCCAUUAAACCUUCUCCAAGUUCAUACUAUAAUGGUUUAGCAUUUAUAACAGCAGAUAACAAAGGUGGAGUAAGAGUAUGGAGACCAAGAAUUCCAAAAGAAAUCUAUCUGACAGUUAAGAAUGGUAGUACUAGACAACAACAAACAGCUUGGACAUUAAGAAAAUCUAGAGCUGCAGGUGCUGUAUCUUCUGAUGCUGUAGAUGUAUGUUGGUCUGAUGAUAGUUCUAUAAUAGUACUUGCUCAUGAAUUUACUAUAACCCCUAUUGAUACACAAACUUUUGAAGAUAUCCCUCUGGAUGUAUUUAAUAUUCCUUCAUUAUCUGGUUCAAGAGUUCGAGCCUUGUCCAUAGUAGACAAUAAUUUAAUUAUCUUAUCCAAAACCAGAAUAUCCUCAUUUAAUUUACUUUCAGGACAAUUAACAGAAUUAGUAGCUAAAGUUAAUACUACCAUUGGUGGUAAAAAUUUGAUCACAGUCGAUCCUAGAAACAAUUUAAUAUGUUUGGCUGUUAACUAUUACAAUGAUGAAUCUUCUGACUUUACCAUUAAUUCCAAGGUCUUAAUCUUCAAGCCUGAUCAAUUAAAACCAAUUUAUUCUCAGUAUCAUAAUCAAGGGAUUGCAGCUGUUCGUUGUAUUAAUUCAUCAUUCAUAUUUGUCGAUUUGGAUACAAGAGUAGGAAUUGUUCAACCUACUACGGCUUCUCCUUAUAGUCAAGGUGAAGAAGAUGAUGUCGAUAAUUCUGAUAGUUUAUCUACUGAUAUUAAUAAUAUGUUAAUAAGUGCUCAAGCUACUGCUGAUAUUAUUAAUGAUAGAAGUGUAUCGAUUAACAGAAACUCUCAGAAGACUCAAAAUCAAACUCAAACUCAAACUCCUGAUGAUAAUAUGGAUUUCAAUAGAGUUAUAGAUGUACACACAUUCCAGCCAAUAUUUGAAAAUAUUGAAGGAUUAACUGUGGAUUCCAUCUUUGAACGCAUAACCAAGAUACUUAAGUAAAUA